UGCUUGCUAUAGCACCUUUGACUUGUAAGCACCAGAAGAAGAACACAAACACAUGCGAGCCGUUUAUGAUGCGAGCAGCUGAACGCUUUGUAGUAGCUAUAUCCAUCAAUAGAUACUAUUGAUUUGCAGUGGUAUUGUAUUGCGAUAGGCUGUAUCAGAAAAUAUUGUUGUGCCACACUCGAUAAUGCAAAUGGCAGUCUCUGAAUGUAUUGUGGGCUAGAGCAGACGUUGUCAAUAUUAGUGACGAGAUGGUAAUAGCUCACUAGGCUACUCACUAAGUAGCAGAGGUUAUAGUUUAUAAGACUUAAAUAGAUCAUUAACGUUAGUUUGAUUUCAUCUGCUAAACCCUUUUGCAUGUUCAGUCAGUGGUACUUAGAUAUUUCUAGUGCUAGUUGUACGGUGUGCUUCUCUGGUAUAAUUGAGGGUCAUGUUUAUAUUUCGCAUUAACCAGAAAACUGCUUGAUCUUGCACAAACUUCCAGAACCUUUAGUAUUAAUACGAAAAAUACGCUUUAUAAUAUGCCCUGCAAUAGUCUCAACAUGUAUACGAUGUUCAGGUUGAUGUCUCUGCGGUCAGUCAAGCCGUGUGUUUCGUUCCAGACCAUGAGAAAAGGAUGUCAAAUCGCACCUUAUCAUUGUUCCAAGAGUCUGUCAUGGUCAAGUAACAGUGGCUCAAAGCAAAUUGUCAAAUGGAAGCGCAGUGCAAUCAGCAGUGCUGGUCUCCGCAGCAGGGCUAAAGUCUUAUCAGAGUGGGAAGAUGACCUUGCACACUCCAUGGACAGUGGUCAAUCAGUUGUUCCUCACAAGCGUCGUAGUAAAGUGACUCCUGUUCUCCAUGGGAGAGGAACGGGAGCAGAACAAAAAAUAUCCCCUGAGCUCCAAACUCUCAGGUUGGAGGACCUACCUGCGGGCAAUCGGAAGACAUUCCAGACCUCCAAAGAGGAUAAUUCAUUGGUCAAGGGUAAACAGGAUGACCUGGUGUUUGGGUUGUCCCCAUGCCUACUGGCUCUCACGCAAGGCAGGAGGAAGGCGUCCAUGCUCUUUGUCAAAGAGGGUGAUGAUGGGCAGAGGGAUGCAGUGCAGAGAGUGUGUGAGGAGGCCAUCAAACGUGACGUUCAGAUCAAGUGGGUCCACAAGAGAGAUCUGGACAGAAUGACCCUGGGACGUGUCCAUCAGGGUGUCUGCCUGCAGGCCAGCCGUCUACAGUACCUCAGGGGGUGGUCCGUCAAACCUCAAAAGGAUGAGCAUCGCAAUCAUAUCCCACUCUGGCUGGUUCUUGAUGGUAUUCAAGAUCCGAUGAACUUAGGUGCUAUUCUCCGCUCUGCUUAUUUCCUUGGUGUGGAUAGAAUUGCCAGUAGCCUUCAGAACAGCUGUCAUCUUACACCUGUCGUAAGCAAGGCCAGCUCUGGGGUGAUGGAGGUUAUGGAAAUCUAUGGCUAUGAUAACUUGGAAGACAUGAUUAAGGUAAAGAAGGGAAAAAAAUGGCAAGUCAUAGGAACAGUGGGCAUUGAGGAGAAGGACUCUGAGGUUCAGACUGUAAAAUGCUCAGAUUUCCAGAUGCAAAAACCUACACUAUUACUGAUGGGUGGAGAAGGUCCCGGACUGUCCCCAGAUCUGCGGGCUCUUUGUGACGUCAUGCUCACUAUCCCACCCCGCCGAGAGCUCCACCCAGGCGUGGAAUCACUUAAUGUAUCUGUGGCAACAGGCAUCCUCUUGCACUCUCUCCUCACACCUCGCUCUAGAGGCCGUCAGUGAUUGGAGUUGGAUUUGGGUGAGCUCCAGGUCUACUCUAUUUAGGAGAAUGCAGCACUUAUUGCCACCCCUUCACACAGAGGUCUGACUGUUUCAGAUGGCUUGCAAGGACAUGCAGACGGUUUAUCUCUUGUGGUGGAGCAGUGUUGUCUGGCAGUGAAAAAAAUCAUGAGUGUUAAAUUAUAACAAUGUGUGAAAAGCUCAUAUCUGUUCAUUGAAAAAUUAAUAUCAACUAUUAAAAUAAUUGUUAUAAAGAAGCUUAUUUGGGUAUUUAAAUAUAUAUAUAUUUUUUUUUGUCAUAAGCCACUCGAGGAAGUAUACUCUUUGCCAAUAGACAAGGCUAGAUUAGUUGACCCCUAAGGAUGGGUUGUGAAAUCCUGUAGAGGCUUGGGCUAAGUCUGGGUUGGAGUAGAGAACAUCUUACCCUUCUUACUAUAGCUGUCUGUGCCCUGAGCAAGGCGGUCACCUAAGGCUCCUGUGUAGCUGUUUUGGAGCUGUGAAGUAAAUAUAGGUGGGUUCAGUAGGGCUCUGCUCAAAGUCAAUUGGCACCAAUAACAACCCUUUCUAAAUUUUAAGCAGUUUAGUCUAAAAUGCUGCCAUUUUAAUGGUGAAAUGUGUAUUUAAAAAGGCCUGAGUGUGAAUUUAGAGUGUUGUAUCACUUUCAUUGCACAUGCCUGAUUUUCUUUAUGGUUCAUCCUGUGGUACAGGAAAAUGGUUGCCACACGGUCACACUGUUUGUUUUCAUAAUGUUAAGGUUUCAAAACUUAUUUCACCCUUUUUUUUGUUUAUUAAAAAUGAAUAAUCUUGGAAUUAUUUAGGGAGACCAUAUUUGGGGAGACCAUAAUGAUUGAUACCAAA